AUGCUUCGCACGUACAUCCAGACGGAUGAACGGGAACGGGAGCGGCUGCCACCAGCGCUAGAGCUCGCUUAUAACACCACAAGCCAUUCAUCUACAGAGCUUAGCCCCUUUGAGGUCAUGAUCGGCCAGAACCCGGUUACAGCGGCAGACCUGGACGUCGUUGGCAAUCUCGCGCCCACCCUUACCCCGCCAAUGACCAAAUUAUUUCAGCAGCUGUGCGAUGGGGCCCAAAGCCAUAUUCUCAGGGCGAAGUGGCAGCAAAAACGUUAUGCAGAUGCUCACCGACGAGAUGUACAAUACAACCCAAACGAUCGGGUCUGGAUCAGCAGCAGCAACCUCCCGGGGCUCAAUCAGUGCCCCAAGUUCGAGCCCCGGUUUCCUGGACCAUUCAGAGUCUUGGAGCGCAUCGGCCCGGACGGCGCUCCCACAGACACCUACGAGGUAGACUACAUUCUCAACCAACGCGGCUCGCGAAAGGAUAUCCAGUACCUCGUUAAGUGGCGAGGCGCUCCUGAGGACCGCGCAACCUGGGAGCCGGCCGCCAACCUCACCAACUGCUGCCCUUCUUCGGGCGAGGCGACGUUAUUUCAAGCGCGCAAGGGACAACCAGCGAGGCCCUCAGGACGUCGUCUCUCGCCCCGCGCACACUACCUCAGCAGGGCCCUCAUCGCCGGCGUUUUUCUAGCAAAGGGGGGAAGGAGUGGCGCGGCACCCUCCGGCAGCCGCACCACUCAAAGCACAAGACUGCCUAAAGGAGCCGGAGCGAGAUAUAACGAUGGGAAGUACUAUGGACUCCGAAGCGGACCCCGAAAGGUGUACCGGCCGAGAGGGCGCGAGGAUCGGACUGAAAUCGAGGGAGAGAACUAA